UAGACACAGCUGAUGAGAUCUGUUCAUAACCUCAACUGAAUAUCUUGAUCUGUUCUUAUUAGAAUCAACAGCAGGAUGAAGACGAUUUUUACAAUCAUUAUUUUAUUCAUUUUCCAUAUGUGUGGUGUGAUUGGUGAUCCAGAUGUGAAGUCAGUGUCAGUGAUGGCUGGAGAUUCAGUCUCACUACAAACUAAUCUCACUGAGCUACAGGAGGAUGAUGUGAUCUGGUGGAGGUUUGGAGAAGGUGAAUCUAAAGAUCUUUUGGCUGAAAUUGUUAAACAUAAGAUCUGGUAUGCACGAGGGAGAUUCAGAGACAAACUGCAGAUAUCAGGUAGUCAGACUGAUCUCACAAUCAAGAACAUGAAGAUCAAAUACUCUGGACUCUAUGAAGCAGAGAUCAACAUUAACACUGGAACAGUAUACAAGAGAUUUUAUGUUACCGUCAGUGAGUCUCCUCCUGUUAUUAAUGAUGGACCAAGUGGAGUGGCAUCUUUUACAGUGACAGAGGGAGAAUCUGUUAUUUUACCCUGUAAUGUUCAAACACAGAGAGAUGAUCUGAUACUGUGGAGGUUUGGAGAUGAAAGUGCUCUCAUAGCUGAAGUUGAUAUGGAGGAUGAUAAGAUCUCAUAUAUAGAUGCUGAUGGGAGAUUCAAAGAUAAACUAAUGCUAAAUGAUCAAACUGGAGAUCUCAUCAUCACUGACAGCAAACCUAAAUACACUGGAGUUUAUCAGCUAAAGAUCAGCAGCAACAAACAAACUUUAUACAAGACAUUCAGUGUUAUUGUGAGGGAAUCAGGUCUGUCAUCAGGUGUUAUAGCAGGAUUAUGUGUUUUCUUCCUCCUGGUUAUUGCUGCUGUUAUUGCUGCUGGUUUGAUUUUGUAUCGUCGAAAGAUCUCUAAACUCAAACAUGAAGUGAAGUUAUUGUCAGUAGUGGAAGGAGAAUCUGUCACUUUACAAACUUAUAUUGAACUACAGAAAGAUACUGUAGUAGAGUGGAUGUUUGAAGAUGAGGAGCUCAAAAAAGAAGGCAAAAAGAUGACUAUAGAUGAUGAAGCUCUUGAUGGGAGAUUUAAAGACGUACUGAAACUGGACAGUGAAACUGGAUCUCUCACCAUCACUGAAUUCAAAGCUGAACACGCUGGACUUUAUGAAGUUAAGAUCACCGGAAGCAAAGGAACAUCAAACUCUAAAUUCAAUGUUUAUCUCAAAGCGAGGGUCAGAAAAGGAAAGGUGGGGGAAUCUGUGACUUUAGACACUUGUGUUGCUGAAAUCCAGAGAGAUGAUGAGAUACUGUGGAUGUUUGAAGAUACGACUAUAGCUGAAUACACUGGAGGCACUGAUAAACCAACAUUAAAUAAAACUGAUGAGAGAUUUAAAGACAAACUGGAGAUGAACCAUCAGACCGGAGAUCUCACCAUCAAAAACAUCAGAACUGAAAACACUGGAGAAUAUAAAGUAAAGAUCAAGAGGAAGAGCGGGAACAAAGAGAGAAAAUUCAAUGUUGCUUUCUCUGUGCGAGCUAUGAAGGGAGGAUCUGUUACUCUACCUACUAAAGUUAAAAUAAAUGAAGGUGAUAAAGUGGAGUGGACCUCAGAAGAUAAAAUCACUCUUGUAACUGGAAUUAAUGGAGACGACAGCAAGACUUCAUAUAAAGAUGUUGAGAGAUUCAGAGACAGACUGGAGAUGAACCCUAAGACUGGAGAUCUCACCAUCACAGAUAUCAGAGAGACAGAUGAAGGAGUUUAUACACUUAAACUGAUCAAAGCUGAUGGAGAAAUCACAUACAGAAUAUUUAAUGUUGAUGUAGUUGCCAAAGUUCAAGGAAACCAGCAGAAGUCAGAGAUGAUCAGAACAGGAAAGGAGGGGGGAUCUGUCACUUUAGACACUUGUGUUACUAACAUCCAGAAAGAUGAUGAGAUUCUGUGGACGUUUGGAGACAUGCGUAUAGCUCGAUACAUUGGAGGCAGUAAUGAAUCUACAUUAUAUGAUUAUAUUGAUGAGAGAUUUAAAGACAAACUGGAGGUAAACCAUCACAACGGAGGUCUCACCAUCAGAAACAUCAGAACUGAACUCACUGGAGAAUAUAAAGUACAGAUGAAAACCAGCAGCAGGAACAAAGAGAGAAAAUUCAAUGUCGCUUACUCUGCGCAAGCUAUCAAGGGAGGAUCUGUUACUCUAUCUACUAAAGUUAAAAUAGAAGAAGGUGAUGAGGUGGAGUGGACCUCAAAAGAUAAAAACACUCUUGUAACUGGAAUGAAUGGAGACAACAGCGAGACUUCAUAUACGGGUGACGAACGAUUCAGAGACAGACUGAAGAUGAACCCUGAGACUGGAGAUCUCUUCAUCACAGAUAUCAGACAGACAGAUGAAGGAGUUUAUACACUCAAGCUGAUCAAAGCUGAUGGAAAAAGAACACAAAGAAUAUUCAGUGUUGAUGUAGUUGGUGGCAUUCAGAACCAGAAAAACUUAGUCUGUGCUGAUUUUACAAAUGAAGAGAUGAUCAGAACAGGAAAGGUUGGGGGAUCUGUCACUUUAGACACUUGUGUUACUGAAAUACAGAGAGAUGAUGAAAUAAUAUGGAUGUUUGGAGCUGAAGACAAGUGUAUUGCUCAAUGCACUGGAGGCACUGAUAGACCUUCAUUAAAUGACUACACUGAUGAGAGAUUUAAAGACAAACUGGAGAUGAACCUUCAGACCGGAGAUCUCACCAUCAGUAACAUGAGAUCUGAACUCACUGGAGUUUAUAAAGUUCAGAUCAAGAACAGCAGCGGAAACAAAGAGAGAAAAUGUAUUGUUGCUUUGUAUGCUCGAGCUAAGGGAAGAUGUGUUACUCUACACACUGAAGUUAAAAUACAAGAAGGUGAUGCGGUGAAGUGGAUCUCAAAAGAUAAAAGCACUCUGAUAACUGGAAUGAAUGGAGACGACAGCAAGACUACAUAUAAAGAUGUUGAGAGAUUCAGAGACAGACUGAAGAUGAACGCUCAGACUGGAGAUCUCACCAUCACAGAUAUCAGAGAGAAAGAUGAAGGAGUUUAUACACUAAAGCUGAUCAACACUGAUGGAAUAAUCACAGAUUACAGAAUAUUUAAUGUUGAUGUCAUUGGUCAUGGAAACAUUCACAACCAGCAGAACUCAGAUUCAGCAGAUGUCAGUGAUAAAUCAGCGGUGGUGGAGAUGAAUCCUUUACUGGACAAAGCUGAUAGAUCCUAAACAUCACCAGUGUAACAUCAUCAUCUACAGUAACAAUCAGUUACUACAGUUUUACUGCUUUCUGUUAAACAAGAAAAUUAUCCUGUGUGCUGUUGAGCGCACGUUAUAAUUUUUUUUAGAAGUUUAUGAGAAACAAAGAUACAAACUUUCACUAAUAUGCAACUUAAUGUGUUUGGGCAUUAAGGACACAAUAUAUGGGAAUUUUCAGUUAAUGUAUUAUGGGGGUCUUCAGGUGUGCAGUUGUACAGAGACUUUGUUGACAUAUUUGUGGCUUUAUUAUUCACCACACAUUCAUAUCUGGAGAGAUGACAGGACUGCAAACAGACAAAAUCAGUACAUGAACCCUUUUGCUUAUAUACAAGAAUUAUUCUCAGUUUUUGACUCAUUUUUUAUUUGAUAACUGUUGUAUAAAUGUAUGUGUAAUAGUUAUCAGUGUGUUUUCAUGUUUAAACACUAGAGGGCGCUGCAGUGUAAUCUGGAGACACAGCUGAACUGAUCACUGAUCAGAUCUGUUUAAAAAUCAAUAAAUAUACUGUUUAAAAUAUAAACAUGGAGAUGUGUAUGGAAAUAAAGAGAUAUAUAAGUCUUUGAUCAUUUAAA